AACCAAUCCUCGUUUUUCCCGGUUACCCCCAUCCACAUGAACAACAAUCCGGCACAAGUUAGGCAAGUUCCAACAACUGCGAUCAGUCGAGGUGUAGAAGAGCUGGUGGAGAUAUUGCGUGCCACAGAAUCUAAAAAUAAAUGGAAGCCCGUGGGAAAGGGAGAGGCUUUGGCCGAGCACGCGGUCAAGCCGCCGCUGGACAACAGCAGCAGGGCCAGCAACAACGUCCUGGAAGAAGACCUGGCGGCGAUCAAGGUCAAGCUGCACCACGUGGUCCGCCACAAAGCGCUUGGGUACGACCGGCUCAACCGGCGGCAUCGGCAUGGCCACGGCCCCAGAUGGGGGGUGCUCCACAGCAACAACAGCCCCAACAAGUUGCAGGACGAGGAGAAAGACAAGAAUUUGACCUUGGAGUUACUCCUCGAAGGGAACAAAUGGUUUUCCAACCAUACCAGAGUUGUUGCGGGCGAAGGAGAUCAAGGAAAUCAAGAUGGUGCCCAACCCGCCACUAGAGGUGGAGCUAGCAGCGUUCGUGGAAGAGUUGUGAGAAAGGAAAUUAUUUUUACUAGACCCCAAACGUUGGUAUCUAAGAAGGGUAACAUCGGAACUCCUAUCAAUUUGUUGGCCAACUACCUUCCGUUGAUAAAACAGGGGAAAUGGUGUUUGUAUCAAUAUCGUGUUGAUAUGGCCCCCGAUGUUGAUAAUACUUCAAAGAGGAAGGGUCUAGUACGCACUGCCACUAGAGAACUUCUUAAAGGAGGGUAUUUGUUUGAUGGGACUGUGUUGUAUACAACGCAAAGAAUAAAUAAUGAUUCCAUUGAUUUAUUUGUUGACGAUAAUGGUGAGAACAUCAGAAUUACCAUUCGGCUAGUUGGGGACGUGGCAUGGGGUGAUAUGCACUACAUUCAGUUGUUUAAUAUUAUAAUAAGAAAAUGUUUGGCUUUGAUGGGGCUGCAACAGGUGGGGCGAAACUACUUCAUGCCCGAUAAUAAGAUAGUUAUACAAGAACAUAAAAUUCAAUUGUGGCCUGGAUACUUUACGUCGAUGCGACAACAUGAAAAAGAUAUCCUACUAAAUGUUGACCUUCAAUUUAAAUUUAUGCGAACUGAUACGGUUUACGACAUACUACUUGAAUGCCAAGGUGCCAAUGCCAGGAAAGAGUUUCAGUCAAAGAUAAUUGGGAGUGUUGUUUUAACUCACUAUAACAACAAAACUUAUAAGAUUGAUGACGUGGAUUUCAAUACCACCCCUGCAAAUACAUUCAGAUUAUCUGAUGGCACUGAAGUCAGCUACAGAGAUUACUGUAAAAAGAAGUAUAACGUUGAUAUCCGCGUUAGGGAUCAGCCCAUGCUAAUCUCUAGAAGCAAACCCAGGGAAAUCCGAGCCGGAAUGCCAGAAACUGUCUAUUUGGUUCCAGAGUUGUGUCGCAUGACCGGAUUAACUGACAAACAACGAGACAAUUUCAAUCUUAUGAGAAUGCUGGCGACUCAUACUAGAAUAGGUGUAGAAGGUCGCAUUAAAAAGCUGAUGGAAUUUUCACAAAAACUUCACAGCAAGCGAGAAGUCGUUGAAGAAAUUCGCAGAUGGGAUCUGGAUGUUGCGAAUAGUCUUGUUAAGUUCCAGGGUCGUGUGUUGCCCCAAGAACAAGUGAUUGGUGGUAAUGAUGCACGAUAUCCUGCUGGACCUCAAGCUGACUGGACCAAAGAAUUAAGGAGCAAACCAAUGCUUCAUAUGCCUAAAAUGGAGCGUUUGGCUGUGGUGUGCACUGGUCGUAACAAGAGUGCUACACAAGAUUUCGUUCAGCUAUUGUGUAAGACUGCUGGCGGAAUGAGAUGGUCCCUCGGAAAUCCGAGGAUAUUUGACAUACAAGAUGAUCGUUCAGGAACAUACAUUGAAACCAUCGAGAAAAUAGCAAACAUGAAUCAACCAACACUCAUUCUGGUUAUUCUCCCUAAUAAUUCUGCAGAACGUUAUUCUGCAAUUAAAAAAAAGUGCUGUGUUGAUAGAGGCAUUCCUACGCAGAUGUUUGUAGCAAGGAAUCUAACUACUAAAGGAGUCAUGUCGAUCGCGACAAAAGUAGCAAUUCAAAUGAAUUGCAAGAUCGGUGGUGCCCCUUGGUGUGUACCUAUACCUCUUCAAAGUUUGAUGAUCGUUGGCUAUGACGUUUGCCGCGAUACUGUAAAUAAAAAGAAGAGCUUUGCGGGAAUAGUGGCGUCUCUUGAUAAGAACAUCUCCCGUUAUUAUAACAUCUGUUGCGAACAUAAGAUGGAGGAAGAACUGUCUGGCAAUUUUGCCUCUGCGCUUGUUAUACUUUGCAAACGUUGGAAGGAUCAUAACGGUCACUACCCGGAGAGAAUUUUAAUUUAUCGUGAUGGUGUCGGCGAGGGCCAAUUGCCGUUCGUGAUAGAACAUGAAGUAGUCAACAUUAAAAGAAAAUUGCAACAAGAGAUCUAUAAAGAUGGUGCAUUAAAAAUGGCUUUUGUUGUCGUUUCAAAAAGGAUUAAUACGAGAAUAUUUACUGAGAGAGAUAAUCCUCCACCAGGAACAGUUGUGGACGAUGUCAUCACUUUACCUGAGAGGUACGAUUUCUACAUCGUGUCUCAAUGUGUACGCCAGGGCACUGUAGCACCAACCAGCUACAAUGUAAUUGAAGAUAGUAUGGGGUUACCCCCAGAGAAACUUCAGUAUUUGACAUAUAAACUGACUCAUAUGUAUUACAAUUGGUCUGGAACAGUUCGCGUCCCAGCUCCAUGCCAAUAUGCCCACAAGUUGGCAUUUAUGGUGUCGCAGUACAUACACAGACCUGCGCAUCCGGAUCUUGAGAACAUUUUGUAUUACCUCUAAUUUUUAUAUUUUAAUUUGUUCAUUUUUUUGAAGAGAUUUUUUUUUGACGAGGCAAAUGUAAUUUUGCUGUCACAUUCCUAAGUAUGUUUUAAGGUAGAGUAUAGUUUGUGUUAGAGUUUGUUUUGCGUUUUUCCUUUCUUUUUUAUAUAAAUUGCAUAACUUCGUUACACUUGUUCAUGUUACGUUAUUUUUUACAAUGCGAUCUUUGUUAUAUUUUUAUAUGUGACGAGAGAAUAAAAGUUUCUACAAAAAGA